AUGUUUUUCCCUUGUACUUAAGGCGGAUGUGACAAGCUGUUCAAUUUGAGUUAUGUGACUAAACUUUCACAUAGUAUUCUUCUCUUCAAAAGCAUGCUAGAGUUCACGACAAGAAAAAACCCUAUAAAUGUGAUUUCGAAGAGUGCAACCAAGCAUUUUCUCAAGUUUCUAAUCUUAUCAGACAUUAGCGUAUACAUACUGGAGAAAAGCCCUAUACUUGCGAUAAUUGUGGAAAAUAAUUUGCAUCGGGCUCCAACCUCAAAUAACACCUUCAGAUCCACGACUAGCAGGUAUUCCUUACAUGAAAUGAUAACUUUAUAGGAAGUGCGAAGCCAGUUUAAGUGCAUAUUCGAAAACUGCGACAAAAUGUACCUUUAUCCCUCUAGUCUCAAAAAGCACUACUCUAUUUCCCACAAAGACUAAUACGAAAAGUAUCUUUUGGAUUAAAAAAACUUGUGGGUUUCAUUUGAAGAAGGAAGAGACACAGUUGGAAGAUUUUAAAUUAAACAAUACGCUCUAGAAAUUUUAGAUUCAGGAGUCGCAAGCGAUUUACAAAUUAGAAAGAUUGAAGCUUAAAUAGACUAUGCUCAAACCAAUAGAGACCCUUAGAUUAAAAGUAUUAGUCAGUAAAUCCAUGAAAGCAUGAUGGGUUUACCAGUUCAUAAAUACUAGUAGCUAAAUAAGGAAAUAAACCAGAAAUAAUAAAAUUAACGCGUCGAAGAUCAGGAAAUUCAAACUCUUCUGGCAAAAAGACAUUAGCCUUAAAUCCAUCAAUUUUAAAAUUCAAAUGAAAAUAAGAGAUUUGAGGAAUCUAACUUUAAUCCCAAAAAAGUUAGGUUGAAUCCUGAAAUCUAAAACUAGAAAAAUCAGGCACAGCUAAAAGAAUAGGAUAUUGCCUUGAAAUAGCGAAAUAUAGCUGAGAAUUAAGAUAAUGCAUAAGUCUUAGGCUAAGAUUAGCAAUUGCUGAAAAAUCACCAAGAGGUUUAUUAAAAAUUGUUGGAAUAUAGCUUAUCUAUAUAAAAUUAAAACAAUUAGAACAGCAUGUAAAUGCAAGUAAUUAAGAAGCUAGUAUAUAAUAAUAGUGACCCUUCUAUUAUUAAAUAAAAGGACCUUUCUCCCAUCUAGUAUAGUAUGCCAGAAUAAAAUUUGGCAAUACUUUCAGAAAGAGAAUCUCCAAAUUAGGAUUAAAUAGUAAAAAGUUAAAUUCUGAGUAAUCUAAGUUCUUUCAUUGCCUCAUUCAAGUAACAACAACAACAACCUUUGCAGAGUGCUAUUCUCUAAUAGUAUUUAAAGCAGUCAACUGACAUAAAAAAUGAUAAUUCCUCAAAUCACUCAGAAAAUAGAAUAAGACCAAGUUAUUUCAAAUAUCAGGCCAAAAGACUAAAUGAGGCAAAAGCACACAAUUUUACUAUUUAACCAUAAGAUUUUCAAGAGAUGACUACAAGAUUAGUGGAUAAAGGAAAAGAUGAAUCUGAGAAAUUCUCAAGUAAAUCGCAUCAGGAUAACUAAUUUCAGAAUGAUGAAGCAUUAGGAAAGUCCUUUAGAGAUUUUUCAAAGAGCAGCUAUAAUAACUGCUUCAUUGAUAAAUACAAAUUGUCUAGACUAGCUAUUGAAGAGACAAUUUUUAAGUCUAAUAACUAGAUAGAGAUAGAGGAAUUAAACAAUACAAAUGUUUUACAAGAAAAGAGAUAAAUCUAAGCUGCGAAACUUUAGCUUAGAUCUUCAAAUUCAGGGGGAGCUUUUAGGGCAGUUCAAAAAUGUGAUAGUUCCACUGACUCUAAAGACAACAAUCAAUCAUUAUCAGGACAAGACAAUCAAGAUCUGUCUACUAACACAAUUAACUAGAGAGAGUCUAAAAUGGAUUUUUAUGUUUCAAAUAAUUACUUAAGUCAAUUACUUUCUCUGAAAGAUCAUAAAGAUAUUCUAUUGAACUAGUAAAAUAUAUUCAAGCUAUAAAAUUAGUAAGAAAAUGAAAGUCAUCAAACUUUAAUGCAAACAUAAAGCAUGCUUUGUACCAAAAGAAUCAAUGUAGACCGUAAUAAUGAAUGA